AUGAGUUCUACAAUUGAAACCCCCAAUUCCACUUCAAGUAACAGUAAUUCUACAUUACCGUUACAUAUGUAUAUUAGACCUUUAAUUAUUGAAGAUUGUGAACAAGUGGUAUCAUUAGAAACCGAGGGCUUCCCACCUAAUGAAAGGGCCUCUAUUGAAAAUAUUGAAUUUCGUUUAAAUACAUGUCCUGAGUUAUGUUCAGGACUUUUCAUUAGAGAUUUUGAUUCCAGUACGAAGGAAAUUAAGAGUGAGAAAUUGAUUGGUCAUAUUUUGGGAACGAAGAUUAAUAGGAAUGAAAAAUUUAUCACUUUAGAAAGUAUGGGAUUGAAUCAUGAUGAAAGUAGUGAUAUUGUUGGUAUACAUUCUUUAGUAAUUUCACCAGACUAUCAAAAGAAGAAUUUAGCAACUUUAUUGUUGACUGAUUAUAUUCAAAAAUUGAGUAAUCAAGAUGUUGGUAAGAAGAUUGUUAUUAUUGCUCAUGAGCCAUUAGUACCAUUUUAUGAGCGUGUUGGAUUCAAGAGUGUUGGUGAUAAUCAAAAUGUUAUUAAAGAUGAAGCUUUUGCUAGUAGUAAAUGGAUAAAUAUGGAAAGAGAGUUGGUUAAAGAAGAGUAUGAUAGUUAG